AUGUGGCCGUUCACGAGAAGCAACGGUGGUAAAACCACUAACGAUGGAUUAGGUGAUGGUCUACCGACCGAGUUAAAGGACUUUCUCCUUAAAGAGAAUACCGAAUUCAAACAAUUUGGACCUACUGAAUCCGCCAAGUUUGAUGCUUUGCCUCAUGACAAACAAGUUCUUAACAAACUCAAUAGACUCCCGCCAAUGACAGAAAGUGAAUCAUACAAUUUAGAAGAAUACAAAAAUGCUAAUCAACUACAUAAGGCAGUAUCUAUAAACUGUGCUGAAAUUGAGUAUAACUUGCACCAAUGCUACGAACAAUUUUCAACGAUUCGUAACAUGUUUCAGUAUCCAUGCUUUAAACAACAAAAUGAGGUACGAAGCUGCAAAAAUUUGCAAACAGAUGGAUUCAAAGUAUUACACUACCAAGAUUGUUAUAACGUUGAGCAAUGUAGGGCAAUGAAAUCGUUUGUUGAUCUGGUUUUUGUUAAAAACUUUGGUGAAUUGGGAGAGUUGAGUGGUAAUGAGGAAAAAAUUGAUGCCUAUUAUCGUGACUUAAAUCAUGGGUUCAGAUACUUUUGGUCUUAG